CCGCAACCCAACGCGGCCAACCACCUCGAGAACCUCGAGAACUGCGGGCGGCCUUCUCCGAGUGGCUGACCACCAACCGGAAUCGCCGAACCCGGGGCUCCUGCGCCGCGGUCUCCUCACUGCCCCGCAUGAAACUGAUUCCAGGGAGCGGGCGCUUCGCCGGCAGUUCUUUCGCUCCGCUCGUGCCAGGCCUUUGGGAGCACCCGUACCUCGUCCGCGAUUUCACGCGUGGGCUCGAGGGCCAGGCACCGCUCUCAGAGACGGGCCAUGGCUACGACGUUGGGCGCUACAACGAGCGGCGGCGAUCAAUGUACACGUCAGAGCUCUUUGGAGGGGCCGACCCUUGGGCCGCGGGCGUGCCGCCUUCGCAGCGGCGCGACAUCCACAUCGGGAUUGACAUCGGCGGCCCGGUCGGCACAGCGGUGCACGCCGUGGCGGACGGCACUGUCCACUCUUCCGGCUACAACGCCGCGGCGCUCGACUACGGCCACGUGGUGGUGACAGAGCACCGGCUCUGCGGCGUUGACGUCUGGGCGCUGCACGGUCACCUCUCGGCGGACAGCAGCGUGCGGUGGCGACCUGGCGACAAGGUGGCGCGGGGUGAGGUGCUCGGCUGGCUGGGCGGCACGCACGAGAACGGAGGCUGGCCUCCGCACGUCCACUUCCAGCUGUCGCUCUGCCGGCCGGAGACGCACGACAUGCCCGGCGUGGUGGCCGACGCGCAGCACGCCAGCGCGCUGCAGGACUACCCGGACCCGCGAGCGGUGCUAGGUCCGCUGUACGAGGGCGACGGUCUCUUUGAGUGACAGCGUUACUACCACUGUUGGCUCCGAGGGCUCCGACAAACCCAAGACAUAACCCACGGCGGCCUCUUUCGUUUACCCGGAGGAACGGGCAAGGGUCUUGGAGAGGAAUUCCUGCAGCUGAUUUUCUUUUUGUUUUUGGCAAGGUAAGGUAAGCGUAAGGU